AUGCCAUCUGCAACAGAGGUUGCCGGAGUAGCUAAAGGAGCAAUUGUUAGAGGACAGGCCGCUUUCUACACAGAGAGACUCCAUAGCUUUGUGAAUUCCUUCUCCCACCUAAGAUCUUUUGUCGGAGGAGUGGUUCUUCGUCGGCGGAGUGUCUUCGCCGGAGGUAGACUCCUGGGCUGGAGUGGUCUUCGUCGACGAUACUGGAUCCCAUUUAUGAAGAUAAAUCAUGCAUUUGGGUCUGGUAGUCCCAAGUCUUUCCAGGUCUACCGUAGAGGUGAUUUUGAUCUAGAAUCUGGAACUAUUAAAAGAACCAGAAAGCCAAAAAAUUCACCUCUUCAUCCAUUCAAAAUGAUCAAAUCCAUUGGAAACCGAAUUCAAUACUAUUCCAAGCUGCACCCCAUCAUGGUUUUCUUCAUUUCAUUGUCAGUUGGGGUCACAAUUCUCAUGGUACUAUCUCUUUACGAGAGCCAAUUCAGAAUGAUGAGUAAUUAUAAGAAAUCUGAUAAGGGUUCCGAUACCUAUCCGUUUGCAAAGUUUCGGAAUCUUGUAAUGGUUGCUGGGCAUUCAGUGUACACAAGUAGUAGUUGUGAGAAGGUUGAUAAGGAGAAUGCUUGGUUUUUGGAGUCUUAUCAAAAGCAUCCGGGUCAAGCUGCUACGUUUGUGACACAUAUACAGGAGGGAAUAGAAGUUGCAGCUAGAGAUGAUGAGGCUUUGCUCUUGUUUAGCGGUGGAGAGACUCGGAAAGAUGCUGGGCCUAGAAGCGAGGCACAGAGUUACUGGAUUGUUGCUGAAUCAAAAGGAUGGUUUGGCAAGAAAGAAAUCGUGAGGCUGAGGGCACUCACAGAAGAAUAUGCAAGAGACAGUUUUGAGAAUCUUCUCUUUAGUGUUUGCCGGUUUCGGGAGCUUACUGGCACGUAUCCACAUAAUAUAACGGUUGUGGGUUAUGAUUUCAAGGAAGAGAGGUUUGUCCAUCUGCACCGCUCUGCAAUUAGGUUCCCGGAUACAAGGUUCUUUUACUCGGGGACCCCAUCUUCAUCUACCUCAAGGGAAGCAGCUUUGAAAGGCGAAGCCUUGGUGAGGACUCAAUUCCAAGAUGAUCCUUAUGGGUGUUUAGGUUCACUACGUCGCAAAAAGCUGGGGCGCGAUCCUUUUCACCGGUCAAUCCCUUACCCUAAUGGGUGUCCUGAACUUGAAGGUUUGUUCAAAUACUGUGGGGUAGCUCCAUUUCCAGGCUCCCUCCCUUGGGCUGUGUAA